AUGGUCGAUAAUUCCAUGGUCUGCACCCCCCACAACAUCCCUCAGUCAGUCUAUGUGCUUUUAUUGCUUGAGAACUCGAGUGGAUUGUUCGAUAUCUGGCCCGAUCUACGAGAUCGUUAUCUGGGGCCAUUACUACAGAAAAUAGAAGUCGACAACUCUUCUAGUCCGGUCAUCACCUUUGUACUGGAAAGUUUACCCGCGAAUUCUACGCAAAUCAAAAGGCCUAUUGUUCCACGCCAGUAUCAUACUUCUCAUGACGGACUCUUGAGCGUCCGCUUCAAUGAUAGUCCAAGUAAUCGACUCACCUAUUCCAAAAUACAAGAAGCGGCACAGUUCAUUACUUCCAAGAUCGAUGCAAAUGGGUCCGUUCUACGACAUAUUGUCAUUGCGGCAGCUUCCCCGCCACUGGAGGAAACGUCUGCCGAACCGGAGUCUGGGUUCCCGCCUGGAACUUCGUGUUGGUAUAGAUUGGCUGAUUAUCUAGCUAAGGCUGACGUUCGGUGUCAUCUAAUGUUGAAAUCUGGGCAAGAUUGGGAAGGUCUGACCAACCUGUUUGAGGAAAUGUUGCAGCUCCAACAGAUAACUGAAGACAAAACCAUGGCGAUUGAUAUGCACAAGAUUAUUGUUCGAUUGUCAUCCCAAAGGAAAUCGUCCCAAAGAGAUAACAAAACACAUGGACCUGGAAACUCCGGUGCGUAA